CGUCACGUUUGAUGCUUUGCGUUACAUCCGGUUUCUGUUGCUGAACCUAGCAAGUACUCGGUAUAACGGGACUAGGGAUCUGUAAUACGGCAACUAGACCGGGGGCUGCGUGUCGAAUGUAAGUAUAGAAACCCGGGGGGUCUGCGGCGUGUUCUGACUGGGGUGACGUUCACGCCCAACCAUGGCCCCGCGGCUGCAGCUGGAGAAGGCCGCCUGGCGCUGGACGGAUGCUGUGACACCGGAGCAGGUGGAGCAGGAGCAUAUUGAGAUAGCCUACAGAGUGCGACUGGAGUCCUGUGUGCGGGGAGUCUGCAGGAGAAACUGCAAAGGAAAUCCAAAUUGUUUAGUUGGCAUCGGUGAACAUAUAUGGUUAGGAGAGAGAGAGGAAAAUAGCUUUCACAAUAUUGACGACCCCAAUUUUGAACGGAGGAAAAAGAACACUUUUGUCGGUUUGACCAACUUGGGAGCCACUUGUUAUGUAAACACUUUUGUCCAAGUAUGGUUUCUUAAUUUGGAACUGAGAAGAGCAUUGUACCUAUAUGAGAACGCCUGGAGUGCAGAAAAAGCAGAGGAAUGCAUUAAGGAAGAUAAAGAAUAUGAACCACAGACAAUUUGUGAGCAUAUCCAGUACUUGUUUGCUUUACUGCAGAACAGUAACAGGCGAUAUAUUGAUCCUUCUGGUUUUAUAAAGGCGCUGGGAUUGGAUACAGGGCAGCAACAGGAUGCACAAGAAUUUUCAAAGCUUUUUAUGUCAUUGCUGGAGGACACUUUAUCAAAGCAGAAGAGUCCAGAUGUCAAAAAUAUUAUUCAAAAGCAGUUUUGUGGGCAAUAUGCUUAUGUCACUGUCUGCAAUCAGUGUGGUAGAGAAUCCAAACUUGUUUCAAAGUUUUAUGAACUGGAACUGAAUAUCCAAGGACACAAGCAGCUGACAGAUUGCAUCUCUGAGUUUCUAAAGGAAGAAAAGUUAGAAGGGGACAAUCGCUAUUUCUGUGAGAAUUGCCAAAGUAAGCAAAACGCGACACGUAAGAUCCGGUUACUUAACCUUCCCCCAACGCUAAAUCUCCAACUGAUGCGGUUCAUAUUUGACAGGCAAACUGGGCACAAGAAGAAACUGAAUACGUAUAUUGGUUUCUCCGAGAUCCUUGAUAUGAACCCUUACUUGGAACAAACUGGUGGCAACUGUGUUUACGAGUUGAGUGCAGUUCUCAUACACCGAGGAGUCAGCGCGUAUUCUGGUCAUUAUAUUGCUCAUGUGAAGGAUCCCCAGACCGGUGAAUGGUAUAAGUUUAAUGAUGAGGAGAUUGAGAAGAUGGAAGGAAAGAAAUUGCAGCUAGGGACUGAGGAGGAUCUAGCUGAACCAUCCAAAACAGUGGUAUCGCGUAAACCCAAGUGUGCAAAGGGUGUCCACUGCUCUCGAAAUGCCUACAUGUUGGUUUAUAGCUUGAAAACAGAUGAGAAGCAAGAAGUAAUAUUUGAAGUCCCAGCUUUCCUGCAGAAGCUGGUGGAACUGGAUAACUGCAAGUUUGAGGAGUGGUGUGUUGAGAUGGCCGAGAUGCGUAAAGAGAGCGUAGACAAAGGAAAAGCCAAACAUGAGGAGGUGAAGGAGCUGUACCAAAGGUUACCUGCUGAAGCUGAUAAUCUCUACGAGUUUGUACCUCUAGACUGGCUGCAGAAAUGGCUUGAUGAGUCAACUCCCACAAAGCCCAUAGACAAUUCUAAAUAUCUGUGUACACACGGAAAACUACAUCCAGACAAAGUGUCUGUUGUAAAAAGAAUCUCCACACCUGCAGCUGAAAUCUUUUAUAACCGAUACGGAGGUGGCCCCCGGCUGAGUGCUGAAGCGCUGUGCAGGGAUUGUGUGGUUGAGAGGUGCAGAGUCUUACGAUUGAAGAAUCAGUUAAAUGAAGAUUACAAAACCAUAGCUAACCUGGUGAAACUCAUAGUUAAAAGCGGCGAAGGCUUUUGGGUGGGAAAGGCUUCGUUGCGCAGCUGGCGUCAGUUAGCGGUAGAUCAGCUGCAUCAGCACGAGGAUGAGUUGGAUGACGGCAAUGAGAGGUUGAAUGGAGAUGGACCAAAGAGAGAAGAGUUCAUUGAAGAGAGGAGAGAAGCGGAUACAGAAUUAAACUUUAAUGAGGAUCUCCUCUGCCCGCACGGAGGACUCUGCAUUUCUGAAUGUGAAAGGAAAGUAAUUUCUGAUCUAGCUUGGUACAAACUUAAGGAAUAUUUUCCCAAAGCUCCUGAAUUCCGAUACAACCAAGAAUCUUGCUUACAGUGCACGCUUUUGGAAAGAGAGGGAGAAAAAAAUGACGCCCUGAAUAAGAUGAUGGCAAAUGAACAAAAGUCUGCACUUUCAAACCUUUUCAUGGACAAAAACAGACCUUCUGGGAACUGGCCUCAGGAAACCUCUGAGUUAUAUGUUGUGUCUCAAUUUUUUGUGGAAGAAUGGAGGAAAUUUAUACGGAGACCAAACAAGAGCAUGCCGGUCAUGUCAAUAGGGAACAGUAUCCUGCUUUGCCCACACGGAGGCCUCAUGUUCUCAUUCUCCAACAUGACCAAGGAAGAUUCAAAACUUAUAGCUUUCUUAUGGCCUUCUGAAUGGGACAUAAUCAGGAAACUCUUCAUUGUUGAUCAUUCAAUCAAAAUAACCAGAACUUUCAUAAUGGAGGGGGACGCAACAACUUCACUCUAUUUAUCAGAACCCAAGCUUUGUCCAGGCUGCCGGGAAGGGUUAUUGUGUCAGCAGGAGAGAGACCUGAGAGAGUACGCCCAGGCAACCAUCUAUAUCCACAAAGUGGUGGAUAACAAGAAGGUAAUGAAGGAGGCUGCACCUGAGCUGAACGUGAGCAGCUCUGACCCGGAAGAUGAGAGAGAGGAAUGUAAACCGGAGGGGGAAAAUGAUCCAGAUUUUAACCAGGCUAACGGGGGAGCAAAGAGGCAGAAGGUGUGCAGCCAAGGCUAUGUCGUACAUCAGAAGCCAGGAAUCCGGCGAAGCACAAGACACAGGAAAGUCAGAGGAGAGAAAGCUUUACUGGUCUCCGCUAAUCAGACGUUAAAAGAACUGAAAAUACAGAUCAUGCAUGCAUUUUCAGUCGCUCCAUUUGAUCAGACUUUGUAUAUAGAAGGAAAAAUACUGAAUGAUGACGCCGCUACGCUUGGAUCCCUUGGAGUCACUCCAGAAUCAGUCAUUUUACUAAAAGCUGAUGAGCCAAUAUCUGAUUACGCAGCAAUGGAUGAUGUUAUGCAAGUUUGUCUGCCAGAGGAAGGAUUUAAAGGAACAGGUCUGCUUGGACAUUAGCUCUGAAUCUUUGGUCACAUGAAAAUGAACCUAUUAUUGACUCUUCCAGAAGCCAGUGGCUGUUUGAUGUCUCCUUCAUUUACUGAGAAUGCCUUACAUCCAAUGUAGCAGAUUGCACUGAAGAACUGCGGACUUUAAAAUUAUUCAACUUUUAUAUUUAAAUAAAACAAGUAUCUAAACUGUAUAAUAUGUUGAGGGACACCUGCCAAACUUCAUGUUUACUUAACAGGUUUUAGGGAGGAUUUGAGAUGCGACUAUUUAGCUCUAAGCAGCAUUUUGAAUUAUUUCAUUGAAAGUCUUGGACUGAGAUGUGAAAUGUCUUCUGUAAUGGAAAAAUAAUUUUAUUAAAUAGGUUUUAUUUUGCCCUAUUACUAGGACAUUAAAAACCUACUGAAGGACAAUAAUAUUUUCAUUUAACAUCAGUAGAGCAUGGGUCUAUAUAACUAAAGGUUAUAUUCUGAGGGAAUAAGGAUUGCUUACAAAUAUCAAGGGAAAUGUGGAACUUGCAAAAUCUAUCGAUAAUCAUAAUUUGCUGUUGUGCAAUCCAGCCAGGAACUAUAUCAGAUUCCUCCUCUAUGUCAGGGCUUCUCUAUUUUUUGUUUUCAUUUUGUCUAUUUUUCUACCUGUUGAGCAUUAAUAGUGAGGUCGUAUUCUCAUAACGGAGAAAGAAUUUCCACAUCAAAGUCUGAUUCAUAUAAAAAUUACCGUCUUCAUCA